UCCCUCCCUCCCACCACCACAGCCCGCCAUGUCGCUGUCGUUUGCAUUCCUCGAGCUCCCGCGCGAGCUGCAGCUCAUGGUGUUGACGCACUGCACCUACGCCUCGCUCAAGCACUUUGCGAGCACCUGCACGGCGAUGCGCGGCCUCAGCCAGCAUCGCGCGCUCGACGCCGCGCUGUUUCGCACACGUGUCGUCGACAUGGACGGCUGGAAGCGUACGUUUGACGGCAAAAGCCGCGGCGGCUAUUUCGACGCCGCCAUGCAAGCAUGGGUUGGCGGAUCGCCGCCAUUUGACGAUGUGCCUCAGCGCGAGUCAUCGGAGAUCAUCCUAAUCCAUUCCAUGCUCCAGAUGAUCCCCGAGAACGUCUGGUGGGGCCAGGAUUACGGGUGCGCCCGCCUGAAGCGUACGGGCGCGCAUCAGAUCGAGGCAGGACCGGCAAGGAACGGCGAGGGCAGCAGAGACGAGCAGGACGGUGGCGUGUAUCUCGUGGAGCUAGCGGCGAUGUUCGAGAACGCAACGGAGCCGCCCGUGACGCGCUGCACGCUCUCCGACACGCAGGCAGGGUUUCGCCACGUCGUCCACGCGCGCGAUACAUACUUUGACGACAUCAGCACGUUGGUUGAGGCUCCUGGUUUGCCUAGUGGUGUCUUCGAAACCAGCGGCGUCCUCAUCGAGAGCGAGGACGACUUUACUCCGGUGACUGUCGAGCAAGUCGUAAGGGCAUACUGUCACCAUGCCAGUAACACAAUUCUUAACUUCGGCCCGGAAAACAUCUGCGAGCCGAAUUUUCCGCGGCAGCUGAGCGCAUGGUCUGGCUGGGCGACGCAUAUGCCGGGCGCUGUGGUUGUGGCACUGGAAGCUCCUGCACGCCUCACCGACUCGGACGAGGAGGACUGA